ACACAUUUCAUUUGAAAAUGUCUUACUUAAAAUUGUUAAAAGUACCGAAACAAUUGCUACUCACUAGAACUACACAGCUUAUUUCGCAUAGAAAUUCAGGUUUUAUUGUUCUGGUCCCAGAGAUUGGUGAAGAUUUAAAUGCCGACAAAAAUCCUCUAAUUGGUGAGAAUGAUCUUCCAGAAUUCAGCAGUAUAACGAUUGAAAAGUGUGUCGGUGUCGUUGGAACUCAAGGGUUGAUUGCUGAAAAGAAGCUCAGGGAAUUGGAGGAAUCAUUAACAGAAAAAACUGAAAUCAAAGAUGUGUUUACAGAGGUGUUUAAUCCUCUUGAAGAAAUAUCUAGUCCACUUGAUACAACAUGGGGACUGUCAAAGACACUUUAUCUAGGCAACAGUACACUCAUGCCGACUAAAAGUUACUUAACAAUUCAUGAUAGAGCAAGAAGAGUAAGAGUUGCAAAGUUCUUCAGUCAGCCAAUUCACCUCGCUUUAAAAGCAGCUCAAAAUAAGAAAGCCUCAACAGAAGAAUAUGAUGAUUCACAGAAACGACUAAUUAAUAAAUAUUUACUCGAAGCUUCACUCAAUGGAAUUGAAUUGGAAGGUGCUUCAAGAUAUCAACUAAUGGAAGUUUUUGAUAAACUCAAUCAAGAAAGAUCAAAGUUUCAGGGCAAAUUAAAAGCAGCUCGCCGUCAUUUCAAACAAAAUUGCAACGAUCCAAAGAUCAUCAAAGAAUUUCCUUUAAACCUUCUUCAAGCAAUUUCCGUCGAUCCAAAAGCACAUCCAACCAAAGGACCUUGGAGGAUCACACUCGAGCCAUUCAUUGUUAAAGAGUUCAUGAAAUAUUGUCCUGAUCAUCAUCUUCGUUGGAAUGUUUGGCAAGCUGAUGUUCGAAAAUGUUCAACACAACAAGAAAAGGCAGUCGAGACAUCAACAAAUAUUGAAGAAAUUCGCUUCUUGCGACGACAACAAGCGAAACUUUUAGGAUAUAAAUCAUUCAUGGAUAUGUCCAUGGAGACUAAAAUGGCUGGUUCAAUGAAGACGGUAACAGACACGUUAGGAAAUCUUCUCGAUAUUGCACGUCCAUCACAGGAAAGUGAAAUUGCUGGAUUGCAAGAGUUCGCUGAAAAACUUGGAUUUCAUAAGAAGUUGGAAAUUCAAGACGUUCCGUAUUAUCGUCGGUUACAAUUGGAAGAAGUCCAUGGAUUCGAUCAAGAAGUCAUUAAAGAAUAUUUUCCACUCAACAAAGUUCUCGUUAAUAUGUUUAGUCUCGCGGAAAAACUCUUCAACAUAAAGAUCAACGAACGUUCGUCAGUCAAUCGUUGGCAUGAAAAUGUAAAAUUUUUCGAUAUUUUUGAUCUUGAAACGGGUGGGAAAGAACCAGUUGGUGGUUUUUACGUUGAUCUUUUUGCUCGUGAUGAUGAGAAGUUGUUUGAAGCUGAAAAUAAUGGUUGGAUGGUUGCCGUAAGAAGCAAAUGUGAGUUGACAAAAACAAAACCGCUUGCAGCUCUCAUUUUUAACUUUAAAAAAAUUCCUGACAAGCCAUUGCUGUUGAGCAUCGAAGACGUUCAGAUGUUGUUCAAUAAGUUUGGUCAUUCUCUUCAACAUUUAUUGUGUAAGUCAAUUUACAGUGAACUUUCUGGACUCACAAACGUCGAAUGGGAUGCUGUAGAAAUCGGCGGAAACGUCAUGACAAAUUUGAUUUACAAUGAAAAUAUUUUGAGAAAAAUCACUGCACAUUACUCAAACAAUGAUCCACUGCCUGAGAAGCUUAUAUCAGCUGUAAUGAAUCAACAAAAGCAUCUUUCAGGUUUCAGUUUAUGUCGAGAACUUUACCUGUCAGCACUUGACAUUGAACUACAUCAGAGGAAAGAUUUCUGGCUGGAAAUUAUCAAAGAGUUGUAUCCAAGAUAUCAUGUCUUUCCACUCGACAAAAAGGACGCCCAUCCAUGUUCGUUCGAACAAAUCUUUGGUGGUGAAUGGGGCGGAGCAUAUUUCAGUCAUGUCUGGGCUAAACUAGUCGCUGCUGAUGUUUACAGUGCAUUUUUCGAAGCUAACAAGUCACAGAACGAAGAAGAAUUCAUUGAAGUUGGUAAAAGAUUCCGAAACACUUUCUUAACUUAUGGCGGCAAUCUUCACCCAUCGGAAGUCUUCAGACGAUUCAGAGGUCGCGAUCCUUCACCAAAAGCACUUUUGAAAAGUUUGGGACUCAUUGCAUCAAAAAACAUUGAAUCAAAUUAAACUUUAAAAGCUUUUCCCUCGUCAUUAUUGUAAAGAUUUUUAGUCGAAGCGUUGUCAGGAAUGUGAAAUAAAAAAAGUUAUUUAGAAAUUAAAGAUCUUAAAAA